CCUGAUUGUGGGAAAAGUUUCAGUACCAAUUCCAGCCUGGUGAUACACCAGAGGACUCACACAGGAGAGAAACCCUUUGAAUGUCCAGAUUGUGAAAAAUGUUUCAGUGAUAAUUCCAGCCUGGUUAGACACCAGAGGACUCACACAGGAGAGAAACCCUUUGAAUGUCCUGAUUGUGGGAAAAGUUUCAGUCAGAAUUCCAGCCUGGUGAUACACCAGGGAACUCACACGGGAGAGAAACCCUUUGAAUGUCCUGAUUGUGAGAAAAGAUUCAGUACCAAUUCCAACCUUAUUAGCCACCAGAGGAUUCACACAGGAGAGAGACCUUUUGAAUGUGCAGACUGUGGGAGAAGUUUCAGUCACAAUUCCAGCCUGGUGAGACACCAGAGGACUCACACAGGAGAGAAACCAUAUGAGUGUCCAGACUGUGGCAAAGAUCUCAGUAGCAGGGUUAACCUUCGAAAUCAUAUGCUUAUACACACAGGGGAGAAACCAUUUAAGUGCCCCAAGUGCGGACGUUCCUUCAGGAAACAUUCCGCCCUUAUUGCACACAAGAAAAUCCACCUGAGGCCCUAAGUGAUGACUGUAGAGAAGGCUUGAAUUUCAUUUCAUAGUCCCAUUGUAAGUCCAGCUGACUAUUUAAUUUGACUCCAAAGAAUUUGCCUGAUUUUUUUUAAACAAAUA